AUGGAAUCGUAUACAAAACAACAACCUUGUCUCUCGCUCUCAUCAUCGGCCAUGGACUUGGAUGUGGAUCGCCGAACACCCUCGCCAGUACCCUCGCUGGGUCACGACACCAUCAACACUCCCAUUGCAGAGAUGCCUACUCCGCCUGCCUUUGCAUCAACCUUCUCGCUGCCUAUAACUGCCGCUAAGAACUUGACCGUUGGAAGUGCCGGUUCUCCAGACAUUAAGAACGACAACGACUUGCUGCCUCCUUUGUUGCCUCAAACCGAAACAUGUGGAAUCGAUAGACCCGACGUAUCCGUCAUGGGCGGCACGCCCGACUUUCUUCUUCUCUACUGCUUCAAUAUAGACAGAGCGGUAAACUUUUACUCACGCUGCUUCGGCUGGAAGUUCUAUGGAGACAUGAACGCCCAACAGUCUGAUGAUUCCUACAUGAGACGGUGGGGAUCUUCGCACUUCGACACGCAGCCCAUGAACUUCUUCAACUCGAGCCAGAGUGGAGGAUCUCGCAUCACUGGCGCCCUGAUUCAGAUCAAGAGCGCAGGAGAUGACAGUGCUCACCUCGAGCAUAGACGACAGAUGGCCAUGGCGUUUGGUGCAACGCCUUCGUGUCACAUCCGAGUUGCUGAUAUUGAAAUGGCUGAGUCGUUGAUCGAGUGUCAUUACGGCGAAGUCAAGCAGAUGCGGUUCGGCGUUCGACAAUGCAUUAUGGACAUUGGAGAGUUUGUCGACCCUGAAGGAAACUUGAUCGGACUCGUGGCCCUUCACCCGGAAAAUGCCACAACCACCAUGACUAUGGAUGAAUGA